GCCCGACUCUGUCAAGAGCUCUCCCAUCUCUGAAAGAACGGCUUGCAGUACCCUGAACUCAGUGAUUUCCAUUCUUGUCUGGGAUGGAUAUCUUUGGAACUCUGCUCGCCCCUUGGAAAUGCUCUGUCGACCAAUACUCGAACUAAUACAAAGCCGUGGCUGUAAGCUUAAGAGAUGAAUAACGAUCUGAAGUUGUCCUCAUCAUCCAAUUUGAAAGCGGGCUUCAAAUCCUGAAAGACGAGCAACAAGUCAUCCUUUCAUACGCCAUCAACUGCAACUAUGUGCAUCAAACACUUGCAGUUCUACAACUGCCCAGCCAGUCCGCGUCCUAAUGGCCCCAAGAGACGUCACCGUGUCAUAGCCAACAUCCUCUGCUCGCACAUCUUCCCCUGCCCGGCCCAGCAAUGGGAGAACCGCACCAGCUUCUACGUCUACAUGUGCCCCGGCUGCUCGGGCGAGACCCCCGCCGUGCCUCGAGUGACCCCUUCGCACGACGAAUGGCACCGCGACGACGUCCAGGACAGCGCCUGGGUCCAGAGUUACAUGACCGAGUACUCUCACUGCGUCCUUCUCUGGAUCCGGAGCAAAUUCCCUUCUAGCGACGUCACGAACGAGGAGAUGAGCGAGUCGUGGUUCCGGGCCUUCUUCAUGGAGCGUCGGUGCAAGGAGAACGACCAUCGCGUUGGCGUUUGCUCCUGCGAGGCCAACGGCCCGCGGGCGUUCUACUACAACCCGGCCACGGCGGCCCGCAAGUACCUCACGGAUAUGGCCGGGGAGAAGGCCGAGUCGGAUCCUCGUAUACAGAGUCCUGCCAUGCAGAACUUGUUCAGAUUCCGACAUACCGUGCUCUCUGGCUUCUGUCAAGCGCAGAAGCUCUACUUCAAGGGCGGGCUUUCUCACCAGCCUUUGUUCUCGAAUUGCCUCGUCAAGAGCCGUCGCAAGACGCUGGACGAGAAUAUCCGCGAUUAUAUGCAGCUGGCGUCGGCCCUGGUCUUGCAGAACGCAGAGUAUGGUGGCGGUUGGACUGAUGCGCAUACCCUAGAGGCGACCGCCAUGUCGAGGCGCGCCAACCUGGUCAAGUUCAUGGCAGAAGUUCUCUUGCAUGAUAACGGCAUCUCCAACAGCCGGUUCGGCCUCGCGGUGUCAGUGCUCUGCAGCAUCAUCAUGCCCCUAGUGUUUCGCGGUCCGUCGACCAUCCCGGGUCUGGAAAAGCUCGCCGAGAUUGCAAGCUCAACCAAAAAGGCGUCGUUGCCGCAUAAACCGUUCAUGUAUCUCGUCCAGUUGAUCCAGAAGUACUACCACGACCGCCGCCAAGAAUGGAACUCGGAAGUCAUCGCCUACAAGGCGAGGCGGGCCCUGAUUGACUCCGCAGCGGAGGACGUCGACGACUGGGAGGGGCCGUCGCGUCUCGAGUGUCCCGUCUGCAACAAAAAGUACUACGAUCACUCGCCCGGUGCCAUGUUCAAGCCCUUUGAUCAUGGCACUCGCGGUUGCCAUCGCGGAGAGCCGAUGUGUUUUAUUGGGAAACGAUGUCUCUUCCAGAAGUUGACGGAGAGUACUCUGCGAAAAAAGGAACCGGCGUGUCCCAAGUGCAAGAAGCUGCUGCCGAAAACGGCAUUUCGGUUGAUGGAGGCGACUGCGGGAGAGUUGCUUCUAGGGUCUGCUUGAUGAGCCAGACCGCACUGGAUUGGUCGAUCUUCUUAGGGGUGUGUUUUGAUUUCUUGAUGGAUUGACCGACAACGGGCAGUAUUGGAAGGAUGGAGUAAGGGGAAGUAUAUCUUAUGUGGAUUCGAGUCUGUUCUCGAGUAAUCUCUUCAUGAGCGGAGGAAUGAUG